CAAGCCGGACGCAAAUAAUAGUGAUCGCCAUUAUUGUCUUCACUUGUGACUUUGACUUACUACAAUAACUGCUCUUUAAAAUUAAUCUGCUCUGAAACAUCAGCUGUAAAAAAAAAUAAAAUAAAUUAUCAAUAAAUAAACAAAGUUGAGUGUAAAUUAAAAUAAAAAUAAAAAUAUAAAAAUAACAACGUUGGUCAUCAGAAUAUUGACGCCCAAAUAUUACCUAUAAAAAUCUACUAUAUAUAUACAUAUAUAUAUAUUAAUAAUAAAGUAAUCUAAAAAAGUGAGUAACAGCAAUAGCAGAAUAGCAGUAGCUACAUCACCAGCGGCAGCAACAAGUUUGUGUGUGAAUAGCCCUCGCGGCUGAGUGUUUAAAUAGUUAAGUGUAACUACCACGCCCGAAAAUAGGCCUGUCAGAUACAGCGGUUAUGGACAUGGUGAUCACAAAUAUACAACAGCAACGUCAAGUGACCGAACAGCUCCGACGUGAAGCCGCUAUCAAGCGCAUCACUGUCAGCAAAGCUGUCGAGGACAUAAUGAAAUACAUCACCGAGCACGAACAAGAGGAUUGCUUGCUUGUCGGGUUCUCCUCCCAGAAGUCAAACCCCUUCCGCGAGAAAAGUUCUUGUAUACUUCUAUAACGAUGUCGGAACUUUUUCGUUUGAAUUCAUUUACAUUUACUUUACUCAGUUAUAAUUAUUCUGAUUCACUUUUUUUGUAAUGUCUUGCGGAGUGUUUCAUUUUCAAGCAUUUCUGAUUGGAAAAUGCUAUUUUAAAUUAUUAAACGCCUUAAAUAAUUAUUUAAAAGGUAAACAUUAUUAAUCAUUAAAUGUCAGAUUUUUCUGAAUACAUUUGGUAAGAAGUUAAAUUAUUUAUUUAUUUUGAAAAUUCAAUUAAAUUGAUAGUAAAAAAUGAUAGUUAAUGUGAAAGAUAUAUUCUAAAUGUUUCCUGAUUAAAAAAAAAAAAAUUAGUAGAUUAUUAUAUUUAAAAUGACUCUAAUUGUAUUAACUAUUAAAACGAUGAAUGUCUUCAAGGAUCUAUUGAUCUGCAACUGUACCUUGGAUUUAAUUAGUACGAGUAUCAAUUGUAUAAUUGAAUUAUUUACAAAUCAAUAGUCUUGAAUUAUUUACAAAUAUUUUACUACUACUCUUUAUCAUGAAACAGGAUUUGAUAAUCAAACUAUUAUUGUUACUAUAAAAAAAUAUGCUUACUAUUGAAAGUAGACCAUUGAUAAUUAAAACAGGUACUGAUAUCAAUAUUUUUCUAUAAACUCUACUAGUUUUAUCAAGACUGAGGAGAUUUUGAAACAGUUGUAUUGCCGUACUCCUUUCUUAUCUAUUUACAAUUAUUAUAACAUAACAAUAUCUGUAUUUAAAUUGAAGUAGAAAUAUUAUUGAUAAAAAUUGUCUAUUGAUGUUUGAAAUUAAAUAAAGUAUCGAAUAUGAGAAA